UUCCGCUUCCCGCCCGGCGCGGGUGACGGGGAGGGAGCCGCGCCCGGGGUCCUCGCCGCCAUGUGGCCCCCAGACCCGGAGGCCGAGCGCGAGGCCGAGCCUGCCGGCCGCCCCGGCGCGGGCGUCCCGGGCCUGCGCGCCCUGCUGCCCGCGCGCUCCUUCCUGUGCUCGCCCAAAGGGCGCCUCCUGCUGGCCGAGUCGGGUCUCUCCUUCAUCACCUUUGUCUGCUAUGUGGCCUCCUCGGCCUCCACCUUCCUCACGGCCCCCCUGCUGGAGUUCCUGCUGGCCCUGUGCUUCCUCUUCGCUGAUGCCAUGCAGCUGAACGACAAGUGGCAGGGCCUCUGCUGGCCCAUGAUGGACUUCCUGCGUUGUGUCACCGCGGCCCUUAUCUACUUUGCCAUCUCCAUCACAGCUGUCGCCAAAUAUUCGGAUGGGGCUUCCAAAGCAGCUGGGGUCUUUGGCUUCUUUGCCACCAUCGUGUUUGCCAUCGAUUUCUACCUGAUCUUUAACAACGUGGCGAAAUUCCUCAAACAGGGGGACUCUGCGGAGGAGACUGCAGCCGACAAGGCAGAAGAGGACGACUCCGACUCUGACUCCGACUGAAGGCCCGUCCCCGUCCUGGCACCUGAGCCCCGCGGACCUUCACUCCUGCCCCGUAGAUCUGCAGGCCCGAGCAUGGCCAGGGACCGUGUGUUGGGGGAAGGCCGUUGUAGGGGGAGCUGCUGGGGGAGCGGGCUCCUCACAGGCUCCCCUGAGGCCUUCCCGAGCCCCGCGACCUCUCCCGGGCUUAGCACCCUAACCACUCUGCACCAGGCAUCUUGGAUGUUCUGCCCUUCUCCCCUCCUGUCCCACAGACAUUAAGGCCCUGUGACCUCUGCCGAAAGCAGGCACAGGGACAGACCCACUGAGCCUGGCCCUCUCCCUUUCCGAGGAAGCACUGACACGUGGGGUAAGGGGGGGUCAGGCCAGGCCUCCUGGCGCUGCUGCCUCUGCUCGUGCAGUAGAGAAUGAGCCUUGAUUCAAGCGAGAGUGACCGCCUCAUUCUCAAAGCAGGUGCCCUGCCACUGGGCGAGAAGGGGUCUCGGCACCAAAAGGGCCCCCCACAUCUCCAACAGGCCUGAGUUCCAAGCUGAGUAGCUCUGAAGAGGCCCAGAGGGGGUUGGGCAGGCCCAGCCAUGGCACUCUGUUCCAGGGGCCCCACAGUAAAUAAGGGGGCCCAAGCCAGACAGCAGAGCAAAGGUCCUGCGCCCCUUUGCGCGGUGCUUCUCUGAGGGCUUGUGCCCUGCAUGUGGCUCUUCCAUUUUGAUAACGUUCUGUAAUUUUUUUUACUCAAAACCAGCUUUUUUAUAUAUGGCACUUCCUGUGAACCAAGAGAGUGAAUGAGCUAGAAUCCCCGACCCACAUUUUGGGCACAUAUAACCUUUGUCCUUCUCCUGCAUGAACCUCCUAACCUGAGAGAAAGAAGCUAUAAUGAAUUAAAUCAUACUGACCACUUGCCAGGAUGUGUGUGUUUGAGCCACGCUCCAGGAGCCUGCCUGAGCAGCAGGAGCCUGCCUGGGCCCUGACACCAGGGCUCAGUGGUGAUGCCUAGUCCACUGCAGACGGCCACUACGCCUCCGACCAGUCUCUGCAAAGCUUAUGCUCCAGCCAUCUUCCCUGGACCUGGGCCCCCAUCUCUUGGGCCCCUUCCCUGCUGAAGCAGGUCAUCUCAGCGGUGGCCUCCAGGCAGCCAGAGCUUGGCGGCUCCUGGAAGCACACUGAGGAGCAGGCUCAGGGGAGGCAGCCGGGUACUCCGGCCAACUCUCCUGGACACGUUAAGAACAUGAGCUGGAGGUGCAGAAGCCGAGGGGUGCACAGAGGGAGUUCCUGGCCCUCGGGCGCCCGGUGGCUUCCUGUGGACCUUUGAAGGGAGGUGACUCAAUCAAGAAAGUGACAAGAAGAGUACAUGUGUCCGUUUAUUAAACAAGAAUUCCUUCAUAACAAUUUAAUACAAUAUUAGCGAUGAGUGUUGAGAAAAUUAUUUCCCUCUACAUACAAAAAUACAGAUUUGGACACUGAAAACAAUCAGGACAAGUACCAUGAAAAAUUGGUCCUUCAAAGAAACAGAUGGAGGGCAAUUUGAGGCGUCUGCUUUCAGGAAAAACCAGUAGGAGCCAAGGCUCUAGGACCCCCCCCCCCAAAACUAUGCCAAAGGGUCAGAGUCACACCUGAGAGCCAGCCAGAGCUAGGUGGUGUUCUGACUCGACCCUGAACCAGGUAGGUUCUCAACCUCGCCCCCGCCCUGCCACCCGUGAGUACCAACAAGUGAUCACGUGGGAGGCCUUACUGACCACCCAAACGGACUUCUUGACCUGGCACAAGGACAAAAGCUACAAUGUUGGGGCUCAGUAGGUCCCCUCCUUCAUUCUGCAAUGGCUCAGCUAGUCACUCCAGCAUCUCCUUGGCUGUGUCCCGUAAGGAUGGGGACACAGAAGGAGCAGCUGGCGUGGUCUCUGGGUCUGGGUCCCAGGGAGUCCUCACAGUAGGGGGCUGUUUUGUUCAGGCUGCAAACCAGGAAGGGCCUCUGCAGGGUGGCCAGGAGUCACGGGGCUAGCUGUGUAGAAGGUGAGCCCGAGUCCAAGGCGCUCCCUUCUUGGGAGACUGGGAGCAACCUG